ACAGAGCCUCUGCUUAGCUGGCAUCACCUCCAUCAUCUUCAUCAUGCGGCAGGAAGCAUUCUGGAGUGCCUUGGAGUACACCUGCCGAUUGCUGGGCAUCACCACUGCAGCAGUGCUGAUCGGCGUGGGUGUAGAAACUCUACAGCGAGGGCAGUUCAAAAGCCUGGCUUUCUACCUGCUUUUUUCAGGGGUUGCAGUUACUGUCUGUGAAGGCUGCUUCUUUCUCAGUUUAUUCCUGGAGAUGUGCUUCACAUAUGAGCCCGACUCUUUGGCACAUUCCUGCUGGAAGCAAGCCAGACGCCCAGGAAGUUUCCAGAAAUUUCUGGGGUACACUCUGCUCUCAGUGGCUUGCUUCUUGCAUCCCGUCAUCGUCUGGCAUGUCACCAUACCUGGGUCCAUGCUGGUGCUCACUGCCUUGGCCUACUUUCUGCUGAGCAAGAGGAGAAAGAUCCCAGGGCACAAAGAGGUGCAUCCUGAGGCAGGCCAGUACGUGGAUCCUUCAGCCACCAUGGCAGCCCCAACCAUUGCCGGUGACACUGAGCAGACCUACACCUUCCACGAGGCCCAGAGGGAGCAGCAUUGCUCACUGCUGGGCCACAUGAAGAGCAUCCUGAAGGGCAGCAAGGACAGAAGUCUGACCCAUGCAGCUACAAUCCAACCAGAGGUCCCACCAGCCCCACGCAAGCAAGUGCACUUCCAGGAGAAGGUGGUGCAAAUCAUCCCUUCUGUCAGCGAAAGCCUGGAUGAUGUGGAAAGUGAGACUGAAGAAACCACAUCAGAUACAGCACCCAUCCUCACCCCUCCUGAUACCCCUGUCGUCCUCACUCCCCUCAGUCCCACAGGACUGUUUUGAGGAUUUACCAGCAACAAGGACAAGGCAGGCACACUUGUACUGGUGUUUCUCUCUGUGAUUCAGGCAACUGAUAGACCUUGUGCCGCGGGCAGCGCUGCCACAAUGACUAGAGUGUCACAGCCUCCUCUGCGCUUGCUAUGAUCCUGGCAGGUCAGCAGGAAAUCCCACAGGCCAACUCUACAGCUAGCAAGGAGAAUGAGGGAUGGACUGUGUGUCACCCAUGCCCCAGUGUGGAGGAGUGGCCCUCCUGGCCCUCCC